AUGCUCGACGAGAACCUCCCGACGUACCGCCUCCAGCCCUCGUCCGACAACCCCCUCCAGACCGUCCUCUACUUCACCCACAACGGCUCCGAGCCCUCGCCCGAGUACCUGCUCAAGCGGCCCUCCGCCCCCGAGGCGCGCAACAAGUACGCCCUCGGGCUGCUCGACGCGCACUACCCGUCCGUCGUCUACGCCGAGGUCCUCGUCGAGCCCUCGUGGACGCAGCCCACCCUCUCCGCCGCCGAGAUCCGCGCCAACGGCGGCUCCACGUCGCCCGUGCCCCUCACGCCCGACUCCUUCGCCGUCUCCCUCUACAACCCCGACCAGGCCGUCGUCGUGCGCCACCGCCCGGGCAGCUGGGGUAAGUCGGAUGCCUGGGACUUUGAGGUGCCGGAGCGCAGCUUCCGGCUGCCCAGCGCGAGCCGCAUCGACCGCGAGGGCGCCGACGGCGCCGCGCAGGGAGCCGACCUGACGCCCAAGGUCGUGUUCCGGUGGAAGCGCGACGGCCGCCUGAGCAAGGACAUGACGUGCUACAUGUCUGGCCGGAGCGUGGGCGGCAAGAAGAACAAGGAGCCCGACAUCACCGUCGCCAUGUUCCGCGCGGGCAAGAACGAAGGCAUGGUUACGAUAUAUGAGCCCAACAUGGCGCGCGUCGACGUCGAGGACCGCAAGGGGCUCGAGGUCGCCUUCAUCCUGAGCGCAGAGGUGAUUCGGGACCUGUACCUCGUCCCGCGGCACAAUCCCUUCAACGCGGCGUCUGUCGGCGCGGGGCCCACGCAUGUCAACGGAACCCGCAAGAGCUCGAACCCACAGGCCGCGUCGUCGUCACAGCUCGCGUUUGUGUCGGGAGCGCUUGGUGACGCACCGCCAUCAACCGGCGUGCGGCCCGUGUCAACAUCCCCGCCGCCGCCGCGGAGAGACGCCCGGCAGCAGGCCGAGAUCGAGGCCGAGACGAAGAGGUUGCAGGCCAUGGUGGCCGAGGAGGGUCGCAAGGCCCGCGAGCGCGAGAAGCGAGACCUGGAGGAGCAGAAGCGCAUCAAGAAGAUGCUCGAACAGGAGGACAAGGAGCGCCGGAGACGCGAGGCCGAGGUGGAGAAGGAGACGGAGCGGCUGCGCAAGGAGUACGGGGUCCCCGCCCCGGGACCGGCUCAGUCAACGUCCCCCGCGCUGCCGCCGCGGCCGAACCCGGGCCAGUUCUACCCCCCGACCGCCGGGUGGUACGGUCCCAUGAGCGGUCCGGCGCCGCCGCAGCCAGCCCGCCCGAACAGCGUGGGGCCGCCACCGAGGCCGGACCAGUACCAGGGCGGGCGCAAGAAACCCUCAGGCAGCGGCCUAGGGUCGCUGAUGCCGGGCCCUUACGGCGGGCCCGCGGGGGCGAGCGUGAGCGGCUUCUUCCACCGGUCCGACGAGGACAAGCGGAAGAAGGUGCAGAAGAAGCGGAGCGUGCAUUUCUAG